GUUAUAGCUGCAAAGGGCGGGGCCAACUCAAUACUGAAGGCUACUGACGAAGACUUGGAUGCCAUUAAAGUUCAUGUGCAUGUAAAGGUAGGCGUCCUAAUACUGACCAUGGGGUCAGUAGGGGGCCCCAUGAGAUGCCCCUGGUACCUUUUUCAUAGGCUUUUUUGAGGGUGGACUGACCAUUUGGAAACUCGGGCACUGCCCGAGGGCCCGGGGUCAGUAGAGGGCCCCAUGAUAUGCCCCUGGUACCUUUUUCAUAGGCUUUUUUGAGUUUGGGCAAGGACACAGGGGCCCCAUGAUCCCCUAUUGCCCGGGGGGCCCCAUGA